AUGUCCAAUGAUGGACCCACUGACAUUCAAUCAGGAAUUAAUAAUUCGACAAUUUAUCGAGAUCUUAGUUUGGAUUGCAGUACUACUGAGAAACUAAGCAAACUAACGAUUACCAGAAAUAAUUCGCCGCUCAAAAGCUUCGGGGAGAAGAAAACUCGAGAAAGAAAUAUGAAGAUAGCUCGGGGACAUCAGAUGUUUAAAAAUAUCGAAUCAGCGCUCAGUGAUGGUAGUGCGAAAAGGAAAUCAUUGGAGCAAGGGAAGAAAGAGAAGCAAUCUAUUAAUGAAUUGCAACUGGGAGAAAUGAUGCUGCGAAGUGCUUUCGACGGUAAAGAGACACGAAAACCUCUAGAUGCCUCUAUGAUAACUGCAGAUGAACUCAUCAGUUUGUUUGACCUUGCUGUUAGCGAUUGUUGCUCGAUGCAUGACAAAUUCAGAACUGCAAUGAAUGAAGGAAGGUUAUGCCUCAGUGAUGAAGACUGGAAUCGAUUUGCUUGUCACGUUGCAAGUGUCGCAAUACAGGAAGUCAGAGGAUUUGCAGUAACCGCUGCUAUUAUGGCAGUCAGACAGAAAAGCUUCCGAUCAGCUUUUGCGCAAGAAAUCAAUGUUUUAAUGUCAAAUUACGUCUUAUUGGGAAAAAAAAUCGGGCAAGGACUCCCGGAACUUGUGGCACAUCUUUUGAUUGCUAAUUGGCCGCGAGAACACGCUCGAUGUGAUCUGGAAUCUAAUGAUAUUUUAUUCUGUAUCGUUUCGUCGAUUAAGGGCUGGUUGGAAACAAUAAUUGGGGAGGCAGAUGAGAUUGAAGAGAUUGAAUCCAACUGUGCUUGUGCACUGUAUGAAGUGUGUCGUUUCGCGCAGCGAAAACUUUGGAUGAAAUGGCCAGAAUUAGUGGAUGAAUGUUAUGCUGCCGUAAGAGAUGGUAUAACCUUAAAUAUCACAUUAACCAAGGAAGCACGAAAAGCAUUGUUAGAUACCAUGAUUAUGAUGCACGAAUGGACUAGUCGGCAUGCAAAAACACUGGUUAAUGUCAGCACACAGACUUAUAGAACUCGAGUGUAG